AUGGCGGCGGCGCCCGCGCGGGGAUUUCCAGCUACGGCGGCCGCGCGGCUCCGGUGGGCGGCGGGACCGGGACCGGGACAUGGCGCUGCCGCUCGGAGCUGCCCCCCAGGACCCCGGUUUGGCCAUGGCACACACCGAUGAUUUGGGUGAGUGACCCCCCCGGGGGUGUCGUGUCACGGUUUUGGGGUCCCCUCGGCUGGAGCUGCAGGUGAUGGGGUGUCCCGCCCCCCCCCCCACAAAAGCCAUCAUCGAGGAGGUGAUGAAGGAGGACGGUUUCCAGCCGGCCCCCGUCCCCGUGUCCCCCAAAGCGCCCCCCAAGGGCUCGGCCAGGCUGGUGGCUCGUGGUUCGGGCCCCUCCGAGGUCCCGUCCCCCGCGCUGUCCCGCAGCCUCCGCUCGCUGUCGCUGUCGCCCAAGGCGGCGGCUCCGCGCUGGACCGCGGUUCGAGGCCCCGGUGCGGAGCAGCUGGAGGAGCUGCUGGAGCCGCCCAAGCUGGUGAUCACGGAGCAGCCCAAGCAGCGCGGGAUGCGGUUCCGCUACGAGUGCGAGGGGCGCUCGGCCGGGAGCAUCCUCGGGGAGAGCAGCACCGAGGCCAGCAAGACGCUGCCCGCCAUCGAGCUGCUGAACUGCCAGGCCAUCCCCGAGGUGACGGUGACGGCGUGCCUGGUGUGGAAGGACUGGCCGCACCGCGUGCACCCCCACGGGCUGGUGGGCAAGGACUGCAGCGACGGGCUGUGCCGGGUGCUGCUGCGCCCCCCCACCAACCCCCGGCACAGUUUCAGCAACCUGGGCAUCCAGUGCGUGCGCAAGAAGGAGAUCGAAGCCGCCAUCGAGCGCAAGCUGCAGUUGGGCAUCGACCCCUUCAAAGCCGGCUCGCUGAAGAACCACCAGGAGGUGGACAUGAACGUGGUGAGGAUCUGCUUCCAGGCGUCCUACACGGACAGCGCGGGCCGGCGGCGCCAGCUCAGCCCCGUGCUCUCGGAGCCCAUCUUCGACAAGAAAUCCACCAACACGUCGGAGCUGCGGAUCUGCCGCAUGAACAAGGAGAGCGGCCCCUGCACGGGCGGCGAGGAGCUGUACCUGCUGUGUGACAAGGUCCAGAAAGAGGACAUCGCGGUGGUGUUCCGCAAGGAGACGUGGGAGGCGCGGGCCGACUUCUCGCAGGCCGACGUCCAUCGGCAGGUGGCCAUCGUGCUCAAGACCCCCCCGUACCAGCAGCUGGAGCUGGCGGAGCCCGUGGAGGUCGAGGUUUUCCUGCAGCGCCUCACGGACAGCGUGUGCAGCCAGGCCUGCCGCUUCACAUACCUGCCCAGGGACCAUGACGCCUAUGGGGUGAACGUCAAACGCAAGCGGGGGAUGCCCGAGGUCCUGGAGGAGCUUUCGGGCUCAGACCCAUAUGGGAUCGAAGCCAAGAGGAGGAAGAAGCCGCCGGGGUACAUGGAGCACUUUGCCCCGCUGCCCACUGCAGAAGACGCCUUCGCCCUUUUGGCCACGGAAACGGAGCCAUUGGACACCUUGAGCCAGCUCUACGUCCCUUGGGCCCCCCCGGGCUUACCCCCCCCGUACCCCAUUAUGGACUUCCCCGAAUUAUUAGGGGAGCCCUAUGCGUCCCCCCCACAAGCGGCCCCCCCGGACCCCCACCCCACCGCCAGCCUGGUGGGCACCCACAUGUUCCCCGGGCACUACAAGGACACCGACUUGCGUUUGGGGGACGUCUGAGCCCCCCCCCUGUACCCCAAAAUAUCCUCUUUGAAAUGGGGGGGGGGGGGGUCCUUCUGUACCCCCCAACACACCCCGGGCUGUGCAGACCCCCCCUCCACACCCCGGUUGGCGCCGCUUUGCACUAUAUUUAUAGGGGGGGACGCUGCGGUGGCCCCCCUGGUUCGGGGGGGACGUGGGGUGGCCCCCCCCGGUGGGGGGGACAUGCGUGUGUCACUGUGAGGGUCCUUUGGCCCUGGGGGGGGACAGGGGGAAUAAAGCUGUUGGUGACACUGUG